GAUCUCAGUUUCGCUCCAUGUCUUCAAUAAUUUCGUUUCUCCUUCAUGAAAUUGAUUCAUCAACAGCCGAUUUAGUGGGCUUUGUUUGCCCUAGAUUUUAGAUUUUAACAUUGCACAAUUUCCCUUUUGAAUUUGUUGUUUCUCGGGUGUCUUUUCGAAUGAGUGCGGAUUACGCUCAGUUUGGUUGUUGAGAAAUUAGUUCAGGAGGUUUUUUCUGUGUUAUGGUGCAAUGUGAUUGUGAAUAUUGGGUUGUGAUUCGGUUGGUUGUCGGGUGAUGGAUUGGAUUUCUUCUUUAAAUUUUCUCAUGCAUUGUGUUGAUGUUGAAAUUUUGAAUCUUAUGGUUUAUGUUAUUUGGGUUUAUUAGGAAAAAAGAAGCUCAUUCAACUAAACCAAAUUCAUUCAUUUUCUCUUCAUGUGUUUUUUUUGCUACUAAAUGAGGGAAAAAAACCCUAAUUAUUGUGAACUUUUUGCAGUUUUAUUAUAGGGAGAAUUAUGGUUUUUUUUUUGGUAUGAUUUUGCUGUCAUUUUAUCUGUUGGGUUGCUGAUAAAGUGGAGUAAAAAGGAACAAAUGUUGAAUCUUAUGAAGCUCAAUUGAGUGGAGGUGUUAGUUUUCUUGGGUCUCAAAAUUUUCAGAAUCUAAAAUUAAUUUAUUGGAUUUUAAUUUUGUCCUCUGUUCAGACUUUUAGCAGCAUUUAGGAGUCCAAGAAAAAAAUUUCUUGUGUUUUGCAGCCGUUUUCUGAGUUGAAUAGAAAAAUGGAAUCAACCCGGGUAGGUAGAGGGUUUGCAAACUCACGAGUGCCCAAGAAGGAAGAGAUUGAGUAUGGGAUGGAACAGGGUGAGGGUCAUCAAUCGCGUGUUUCUAGUUCGAGACGUACUCGUUCCCAGUUGGCUCCUGACUGGACUAUAAAUGACUCGCUUAUUCUUGUGAACGAGAUUGCUGCUGUUGAAGGGGAAUGUUUAAAUGCAUUGUCCACAUAUCAGAAAUGGAAAAUAAUAGCAGAAAAUUGUACUGCUUUGGAUGUAAGCAGGACUUUCAAUCAGUGUCGUAGGAAGUGGGACUCAUUGCUUUUUGAGUACAACAAGAUCAAGAAAUGGGAGUCAAGAUCUCGGAAUGUUUCAUUUUGGACUUUGGAAAGUGAAAGGAGAAGAGAGCUUGGUCUCCCGGUUGACUUUGAGAGAGAGCUAUUCAAAGCAAUUGAUGAUCUUGUGUCUUCACAAGAGGUCCGAUCUGAUACUGACCCGGGUACUGACCCAGAAGCAGAAGAUGAUAGGCUUGAGGUGAUUGCAGAAUAUGGGCCCAAGAAGCAAAAGCGCCGAGAAAUGCCACAAAAAACCACCAGCUUAGAAGAAAAAGAGCAAAUGAUGGUUAUGAAGCUGCGCGAGAACGCAGAUCUUAUUGAUGCAAUAGUUAAAGGAAACCUGGUAGACGGUGUAGACUUUGGAUUGGGGGGUUCAAAGAAUCGAGAGACUCUCCAGGCAGAUUUUAAAAGACGUCAAGGCGACAAGCUUAUCGCGUGCCUCAGAGACAUCGCUGAUACCCUUGACCAGCUUCGCGAUAUAGUACAGAAAUGUGGAUAGUGAAUAGUUCUCAUAAAAGGGUUGCUGCAAAAAAAAUUCAGGCCAAAGGAGCCUUUUGAACAAGCCUCCUGCUUCUUUCUUGUAGACAAUGGCUCUUUGUGUCAUAGAGAUGAAUUUGGGAAGAUCAAUAUAUGACUUGACUAUUUUAUGUUAUCA